AUGUCUAGGCGAAUCGAGUCCGUCGAGUCUGAAGUCCGCCGACUACAGGACCAGCUCGAGGAGAUGAAGCAGAUGCUCAGCGUGCACUCGCAGCCGCAGCCGCAGCCGCAGGCACAGGCGCUGUCUGGAUCCGGGCUUCAUACUGUGCAGCAGCCCAGUGUAUCCCCGCCGCAGGUCGUGGCUGAGAGCGCUGGAUUCCUAGCGCCUGAUAUGCGUUUACCUUUGCAGUCGCGCCUUCAGGACCUGCAGGGCGAUAUGUAUCGUGCGCCGAAGAGGAGACGGACUGGCUUUGAGGUUCGAGAGGAGCCGAUCUCGGAUUUUAUUAGCAAGGGCCUUAUUACGAUGGAUUAUGCUGUGGAGUGUUUUACGACGUGUGUUUAUUCUGACCUAGUGUUGUAG